CUAAGGAAUAAAAAGUAUAAAAGCCCUUCGUUUGAUUCUGAUACUAGGGUUUCUAGGAGCAAGCUAAAGGAAGCGCAAGACGCAAGAGGCAGCAAACUAAGUCCGCCACCAUGGGUCGCAUGCAUAGUCGAGGUAAGGGUAUUUCGGCAUCUGCUUUGCCAUACAAGAGAACUCCUCCAAGUUGGCUCAAGAUUUCUCCUCAGGAUGUCGAGGAUAACAUCUGCAAGUUCGCUAAAAAAGGGUUGACACCUUCUCAAAUUGGUGUCAUCCUUCGUGACUCUCAUGGGAUUGCUCAAGUGAAGAGUGUCACUGGGAGCCAGAUUUUACGGAUAUUGAAGGCACAUGGACUUGCUCCUGAAAUACCUGAAGAUUUGUACCAUCUCAUCAAGAAAGCAGUUGCAAUUAGGAAACAUCUGGAGAGGAACAGAAAGGACAAAGAUUCCAAAUUUAGGUUGAUUUUGGUUGAGAGCAGGAUCCAUCGCCUAGCUCGCUAUUAUAAGAAGACUAAGAAGCUUCCACCAGUAUGGAAAUAUGAAUCAACCACCGCCAGCACCCUUGUGGCAUAAUGAUGGUACAUUUGGAUUAGCUCUUCCAUUUACUUAAUCUAGGACUCAUUCGCGAGUGCCUCUAGUCGAGUCUUACAAACGCUUGUGGGGAAUUUCAUGUUUCAGAUUGAUCUUUUUGCAUUUUUUUUUCAACGUCCAAACUAGAAAUCUUCUUUAUAGAUGAAUGUUGCCGAUUGUUGUUUUUUUUUACUAGAGAUUUUAAAUUGCUGAGAUUCUUAGUUUUUCAA